AUGUUUGUAGAAUCUGAUUCUUCAAUUAGUUCAGAUGACGAAGUAAUUGAAAAUGUUAUUCAAAUGCUUGAUAAUGUAAUAGAUUUAUCGGAUAUUACCAACGAAUUACACAACAAUGAAGAUGAUGAUGAUCAACAAGCUGAAAUUGAUAUUCUAAUAUCUUCCAUGAUUGAUACAACAACUGAUCUCAUGCAACCAACACAAUCUGAUUACAGCAAUGACAAAUCCAUCGAAGAUUCUUCUUCAAAACGUUGA